UGCCGCCAAAUACGAUCUCCGGAAGUGAAGCGGAAGUUGUCAUUAGCAGCUAGCAGCAGCAGCGGUUCGAUCAGGCCGAGCUGAUUAUUGAUUAUAAACUGUUAUCGAUCACGUUAUUGGCUGGUUUAUAGCCGGAUCAGACGGUGUGAACAGUUUGAUUCGAGAGGAUGGCGGAGGAGCAGACAGUGUCUCUAGUUGAUGUUCUGGAGGAAGAUCAAGAGUUGGAGGAAGAAGCUUCAGCCGUGUUGGCAGGAAGUGACUCUGAUCACUGUUCAUACCCUCAGGGCUAUGUGAAGCGCCAGGCUGUGUACGCCUGCAGCAGCUGCACACCGAAGGGAGGAGAGCCAGCAGGAGUCUGUCUGGCCUGCUCAUACAAAUGUCAUGAAGGUCACGACCUCUUCGAACUCUACACCAAGAGGAACUUCCGCUGUGACUGUGGAAACAGCAAGUUCUCGGAGCUGCAGUGUAAACUCCACCCUGAGAAGGAGGAGGUCAACAGUCAGAACAAAUACAGUCAGAACUUCUUUGGAGUUUAUUGUACCUGCAGCCGGCCUUACCCAGACCCAGACGACCCGGUGGAGGACGAGAUGAUUCAGUGUGUGGUGUGUGAGGACUGGCUGCAUGGCAGGCACCUGGGCCGUGUGGUUCCAGACUCUGUGGAGCUGCAGGAGAUGAUCUGUGAAUCCUGUAUGAACAAAAACCCUUUCCUCUGGACCUACGCUGCUCACCUGUCAGUUCCAGGUGCAGCAGUUCAGGUGAAGGAGGAAACGGAAGCAGACAAGUCAAACACAAACGUCCCCAAAAAAGAAGAAAAGGUUGAUGAGGUCAUCGAGCCCAGCUGUAAGCGGACCCGUGAGGAGGCGGAGCCGAGCUGCAGACUGAAAGCGCUGCAGGCGAUUGAUGAGAAAAGAGUCCAGUCAGGAGCUGUGUUCUGGCCGUCGACGUGGCGCUCUAAACUCUGCUCCUGCAACACCUGCAAGGAGAGACUGUCUGCAGCCGGUCUGUCGUUCCUGUUGGACGAAUCGGACACCGUCCUCGCCUACGAGAACAAAGGAAAGACCAACGAGCAGAGACAGCCAGGACACGACCCUCUGAUGUCAGCGCUGGACAACCUGAACCACGUGCAGCAGCUUGAGAUCAUCCACGGGUACAACGACAUGAAAAGUGAACUGAAGGACUUCCUGCAGGGAUUCGCAGCAGAAGGAAAGGUUGUGACUCCCGAUGACAUCCGUGAGUUCUUCGAGCAGCAGCAGAGUCGAAAGAGACGACGAGACGACGCCGGACGCUUCUACCCUACCUGAUGCCCUUUGACCUUCAACUAAUCUUUAAAUGACCUUUGACCUCCUUGUUUUUGUUCUUAGUUUUGUCAGUUUAUUUUUCAAGCUUUGGGACUUCCUGUUUUUAACGUCGUCCGUCUCAGAAGUCGCCAACAUUAAUGUCUGUGUUUCCUUUUUAAUGAAAACUAAUAAAACUCAAUCAGCUGAACAACAACA